AUGUUAUUCAAGACUGCUGCGCUGGGUGGACUGCUCGUUGCUGGACACGUAGCUGCCAUCAAGCUUGGCAAUGUCAACGCAGUACUGCGACGAGGCGAGGAUCUGGAGGAGGUACUUCGACGAGACUCUGGACUUCUCGCCACUCUUACACAACGACAAGACGCAAACGCCGCCGACACCGCACCAUUAGCUUCAUUAACGCCAGCAUCUGGAGAUGCAUCAAAGGCGGAUUUGCAGAAGUGGGAGGAAGAGACAAGGGCAGCUUGCAUGCAGACAUUGGGCAACCUCAACGGCCAAGCUUCGAAUCCAAGUGGUAUCGCCGUCUGCUACAAUGUACCUUUCCUCGACAACUCGACAGGUGUUUUCCAAGCCGAACUCCGAAUGUACAACGUAUCAGCACCCGUCGAUCCGUGGAAGAGCGUUACCGCUGCCGACGUUAGCAUGACAUUGUCCUAUCUGGGUGCCACAGUACAGGCAAUGACCAUGAACAACACGAAGCGAGAGGUCAGCGAAGUUCAGGCUCGAGCAAGAUUGAACGACAGAACCUUGGUUCAGCGACAAACAAUCAACACCAUGACUGAGCUUAAGACGCUCAUGUACGUUGGCAAGAUCAACUCCAACUUGAUGGGCCCCGCUAUGACCAACGAGGCACUCCAGCCGCUGCUCGUCCCUCAGAUUGAUCUCGCUGCGCGCAACCCUACAACAAACGCAGACGUUACCACCACCCUCUCCAACAAGGAAGCUCGCUUCGUAAAUGGUGUCUUCGCUCAGAAGGCCGAUGCAAAUGCACCGUCGAACGCCGAUCCCACUGCCGCCGCCGCAGCUACUUCUGCUGUAUUCCUGGCCGCUCCUUUCGUUGUGCCCGGCACAGCACUCGCCUUCUUCCCCAUCGGCUUGAUUGUCACCGGCAUCUGGACUGCCUUCUUCUUCCUUGCAGUGGGCUUAGGAACAUACGGUCGCAUUCAGUUCCGCGAUCAGUACAGGAGGCGCAUGAAUGCUGAGAAGGCGCGAAGUGUGCGCACCAUUUAA